AUGGAAAAAGAGUAUGAUACUGGGAAUAACAGUUGGCUUCGGAGAUUAUAUGAGCUUAGACAUAAGUGGAGUUCAGCUUUUGGUCGUGAUAUUUUUACAUGCGGUAUUCGCUCAAGUCAAAGGAGUGAGAGCACCAAUAAUGUCUUCCAACGUAUGUCGACGAAGACAUUGACUCUUGUAGAAUUUGUCCGCCACUAUGAAGAACAGCUGAAACAUAUGAGAGAAAUUGAAAGUCAAGAUGAUUAUAGUUCUCAUGGAAAGCCCAAAUUGCAGGUUAAUCAUGGGAUCUUGACACAUGUUGCUUCAUUGUAUACCCGUACCAUUUUUAAAAGGUUCAAUGAAGAAUUUUUGCAAUGUCUGUCAGUACAGAUUUUAAGUACUACAUUCGAUGGAUUGGUUUAUGUAUAUACUCUCAAGUGCGUGGGGAAUCAACGUGAAAAUGUUGUCGGAUUUAAUGCUGCAGAUUCUUCAGUUUCUUGUGAAUGCAGAUUAUUUGAGUCAAAAGGGUGGUUGUGUCGCCAUGCCUUGCACAUAUUGAUUGCGAACUCAUCUGGCGUGGGUAUUCCGUCUUCCUAUAUUUUGAAAAGGUGGACUAAGGGUGUUAAACAAGGGAAUGUGAAUGAUGAAUCUCAUCAAAUGUCACCGGGUCCAUCUAAAUUCAAUCGUUUUUCCACGUUAAUGCAUGAAGCUUUUGAAGUAAUGAGUUUGGGCUCUGAAGAUGUAAAUACCAUGGGAAUAACAAGGAAGAACUGGCAAAGAAUGAAGGCUGAAAUUUUAUCUUACAAGUCAAGUGUGAUUCUGAAUGAUGAUGCUACCGAUGAUUGCGAUAAUGCGACCUCUUUGUGUGAGAUUUCAGUAUUGGACCCUCUUCGAAGGAAAGGAAAGGGAACAAGUUAUGGAAGGCUUAAAAGCUCAAGUGAGAAAAGAAAAAAGAAAACUAAGAAAGGAACACCUCCAACGCCAAUAGAAAGUCGAGGUGCAACCACCAUGCGUUAUACCGUCGGGAAUUAUGAAUGGGUUUUGCCCAUUCCCUAG